AUGACCAGCAACGACCCGCUUCUGACAACGCCAUCAGCGUCGGGAUCCAAUGCAGCCACUCACGGCGCCAAGGUGACGGCCACCUUCCAGAUCGGCGGCAUGACCUGCGGAGCCUGCGUCGAGACGAUAGAACGCAUGAUCCGGUCACAAGCAGGCAUCGAAUCAAUAUCCGUCGCUCUUCUCUCGGAAAAGGCGACCGUGACUUUCGACGACACAAUAUGGACGCCAGAAAAGGUAGCCGAAGAGAUCGAGGAUACUGGCUUCGACGCCACCUUCAUUGAAGUCAUCAGGACCGAGAGUGCAAACAUCGACACACAAGAAAAGCUUGGCGCUUCGGACGCCGCGAGCACUCAAACAUCGAAGCUCGAUACCGCUCAGCUCAGCGUCUACGGCAUGACCUGCGCUUCGUGCUCAUCCACCGUCGAGCGCGAGCUGGCCAAGAUCGACGGCAUCAAGUCCAUCUCGGUGUCGCUCGCGACCGAGAAAGCCAGGAUCGACUACGAUCCAGCCAAGCUCGGCAUCCGAGAUCUCGUCGAGCAUGUCGAGGACCUUGGCUUCGACGCCGUCGUCAGCGAUGACCGCAACUCGACACAGCUCGCAUCGCUGGGCAGAAUCAAGGAGAUCGCCGAGUGGCGCUCCGCUUUCCUAUUCUCCUUGUCCAUGGGCGUGCCCGUCUUCCUGCUGUCCAUGGUGCUGCCCAAGUUCAGCUUCACACGCGCCAUUCUCUGGUGGCAGCCCAUCUCCGGCCUCUACCUCCAGGACAUUGUCUGCCUCGCCCUCACCAUUCCGGUCCAAUUCGGCAUUGGCUUGAGGUUCUACCGCACCUCUUGGAAGGCCGUCAAGCACGGCAGUGCCACCAUGGACGUGCUCAUCGUCAUCGGCACCACUGCUUCAUGGGUCUUCAGCGUCUUCUCUAUGGUUGCGAGGCUCUUUUGCGUUGAUGCUUUACCACAGGCCACCUCCGCCGCAUCCGUCAUGGCACGCGCCAUGGGUUCGAUGCCCAUGGCUGCACCCGGCCAGUGCACAAAGCCCGCCACUUUCUUCGAUACCAGCACCAUGCUCUUCACCUUCGUCUCCUUCGGCCGCUUCCUCGAGAACACCGCCAAAGGCAAGACGAGCGAAGCCUUGUCGCGUCUCAUCGGCCUCACACCGUCGUCGGCCACCAUCUACACGGAUGGCGCUGAGGGAAAGAGCGAGAAGAAGGUCGCAUCCGAGCUCGUUCAGCGCGGCGAUUACGUCAAGGUGGUCCCCGGAGAGAGAAUCGUUGCGGAUGGUGUGAUUGUACGCGGAGAGUCGACGGUGGACGAAUCCAUGGUCACGGGCGAGGCGAUUCCGAUCCACAAAGAAGUCGGCAGCAGCGUCAUCGGAGGCACCGUCAACGGCACUGGCACCUUCGACUUUCUCGUUCAGCGCGCCGGCAAAGACACGAGCCUCGCGCAGAUCGUUAAGCUCGUCGACGAAGCGCAGACGUCCAAGGCUCCUAUCCAGGCUUUCGCAGACCGCGUCGCUGGAUACUUUGUGCCGACGGUGGUGGGGCUCGGAGCGCUCACUUUUGUGGCGUGGAUGGUGAUUGCACACCUGCUCUCGGGCCACAUGCUUCCGUCUAUAUUCAACCAGCAGGGCGUGACCAAGUUUAUGGUCUGCCUCAAGCUGUGCAUCAGCGUCAUCGUUGUGGCGUGCCCCUGCGCGCUUGGCCUCUCGACACCUACGGCGGUGAUGGUGGGCACGGGCGUGGGUGCACAGAACGGCAUCCUGAUCAAGGGCGGUGGUCCUCUCGAGGCUUCCACGACCAUUCGUCGCAUGCUCUUCGACAAGACAGGCACCCUUACUGAAGGAAAGCUUACGCUACGCGAAGCCAUGUGGCCGAGCAACGAGCAGGGUGGCCUCGACGCCAUUGCUGUGGGCGGCCUGUCGCGAAGACAGGUGAUCCGCAUGGUCGCAGCAGCCGAGGCUCGAUCGGAGCAUCCUCUGGCGCGCGCCAUCGCAACGUGGGCGGCUCAGCAGCUUCACUCCGAGUUGGUCGCUCCGACCACGGACGCCACGACCGCUGUCUCUGGUGCCAACAUCGAGAGCUUCCAGAGCUUCACCGGUAAGGGCAUCGCCUGUCGAGUCCAGCUCGACGAGACGAUGACGGUGCAUGAGGUACGCAUCGGAACUGCUGACUUCAUCACGUCGCAGGAAAAGCACUCUCUCGAUCACUCUGCCUUUGCAUCGCAAGCAGAGGGACUGCUUGCCGAGCAGCAGUCGUACGGCCGAACUGCCGUCCUUGCCAGUGUGGAUGGCUCGCUCGCCGCCGUGCUGAGCUUGAGCGAUACGCUGAAGCCAGAAGCCAAGCGCACCUUGGCGGCCUUGCGCCGCAUGGGCAUUCAGUGCGGGAUGGUGACGGGCGACUCGCAGAACACGGCGCGCGCUCUAGCUCGCGAGCUGGGCAUGGACGAGGAGACCGACGUGUACGCAGAGAUGAGCCCGAUCGACAAACAGGAGCUCGUGCUGGAGCUUCGUCGUGCGUCUGGUGGCGGCGAUCUCGAGAGCGGCGGCCGAUUCUCGCCGUUCCGUGCCAACGGCCGCUCCAAGUCCGGCGGGAUUGCCAUGGUGGGCGAUGGCGUGAACGAUUCGCCGGCGCUGGCAUCGGCCGAUCUCGGCAUCGCACUCGGCACGGGCUCGGACGUUGCGAUCGAGGCGGCAUCGAUCGUGCUCAUGCGGUCGAAUCUGCUCGACGUGGCAGCGUCGAUCCACCUCUCGCGCCGCAUCUUUCGACAGAUCAAGCUCAACUUUGUGUGGGCGACCGUGUACAACAUGAUCGGAAUCCCGCUCGCCAUGGGUAUCUUCCUGCCUUGGGGCCUGAGCCUGCAUCCCAUGAUGGCUGGUGCCGCCAUGGCAUUUUCGAGCGUCAGCGUCGUGGCGAGCUCGCUCACGCUCAAGUGGUACAGGCGCCCCGCGGAGCUCACUCCGGCGGUCAGUGGUGACAUGGCAUCGGGCAUGGCCGCCGUCGAGACUCUGCAGCUGCAGGAGCUGCUCGACCGCUCUGAUGCGGGUGCACUGGAUCGCGUCGUCGCCAACCUCAAGGACGUCGGCUACCAGCUCAUCGGCAAGCUCGAGUCGGCUCUGUCGAGUUCGGCGCUCAGGCUCGGAGGUGCAUCCGUGGGUGGCCGGCGUCCAGCUCCUGCAGCAGGCUAUCAGCAAGUGGCUUCCGAUGAGGUCUAA